AACGCCUGGCUGACUUGCUUGCUAAGAUGUUUUUUUUUCUCCCUUUCCUCUUGCAGUGCCACUGUGUUCGAUGCGUCUCCAAGUGCGCACAACCCGUCUGCAGCAGCAUUAUUCCGCAGACCGCCUGCCAGGCAUCUGGCUGCUCUGCGUUUAUUUCUGGAGGCGCUGCUUUUCGCUCAAUCACCUCCAACAGGUGGAUAAGAACACUGGUGGAUGUACAUCCUGGGGAAAACUGGAGGUGUUGAAAAACCAGGUGUAAUCCACCGAGGGAACUUGGUUGUUGUUGCCUAUUUUCGUCUCCAGGAUUUGUUGCGCGGUGAGUUUAAUGCGGUGUGAGCCGGUCUGCGUUUUUUCCCGCACCUCCUCCUUAAAAGACGGAAUGGAAAUCGUGAUUAAACCUGACCAAAUGUGGAUUCUCAGGAGGAGUGCUAAGAAGUAUCCAAAAAACGAGAAGGAAGAAUGCGUACUACACUAAAAAAAAAAAAAAAAAAAAAACAACAGGAAAAAGACGCGCUGACAUCUCUAACACUAACAAGCGGGAUUUUAACACUGCUGUUUCUACAUUUAUGGGGAUACAAAUUCCAAGAAGUUGAGGCGAAUUAUUUUCAUGCUGUUUUCCACAGGAAGACCACUGAGCUCCCUGAGCGAAGUUCCAAUGUCCAUCAUCCCAAAGUGUGAACCCCGCCAGCCCAGCAGCAGCUGUAGCAGUGUUAACAGGGUGCUGGUCAGCUGAAGCUUAGAGAGAUGUCACAGCUCUACUACCGGCGGACUGACAGCUCCUCAUACCGGGACCGAAUCCCGUUGAGAAUUGUGCGGGCCGAGUCGGAGCUGUCACCUUUAGAGAAAGCCUACCUUGGAGCCGUCGAGAAAGGGGACUAUGCGAGUGUCAAGCAAGCGCUUGAGGAGGCUGAGAUCUACUUCAAGAUCAACAUCAAUUGCAUCGACCCCCUCGGCCGCACAGCUCUGCUGAUCGCCAUUGAGAACGAGAACCUGGAAAUCAUCGAACUCUUGCUGAGCUUCAACGUGUAUGUCGGCGACGCCCUGCUGCAUGCAAUUCGCAAGGAAGUGGUGGGAGCUGUGGAGCUGCUGCUAAAUCACAAGAAGCCGAGUGGUGGCAUGCAGGUUCCACCGAUCCUACUGGACAAGCAGUUCUCUGACUUCACCCCUGACAUCACUCCUAUCAUUCUUGCUGCACACACCAACAACUAUGAAAUUAUCAAGCUUCUGGUGCAGAAAGGUGUGUCUAUGCCACAGCCACAUGAGGUGCGCUGCAACUGUGUGGAGUGUGUGUCUAGUUCGGAUGUGGACAGCCUGCGGCACUCGCGCUCACGACUCAACAUCUACAAAGCACUGUCGAGUCCCUCACUAAUUGCGCUCUCCAGUGAAGACCCCUUCCUAACCGCAUUCAGGCUCAGCUGGGAGCUGCAGGAGCUCAGCAAGGUGGAGAAUGAGUUUAAAUCUGAGUAUGAAGAGCUGUCCCAGCAGUGUAAGCAGUUUGCAAAAGACCUCCUGGACCAAACAAGGAGCUCCAGAGAGCUGGAGAUGAUCCUCAACUAUAAAGAUGAUAUCAGCUUAUUGGAAGAGGAGGGCGCUAAUGAUCUGGCAAGACUCAAGCUAGCUAUCAAAUACCACCAAAAAGAGUUUGUAGCUCAGCCCAACUGUCAGCAGCUUUUGGCAUCACGCUGGUAUGAUGAGUUCCCUGGCUGGAGGCGGCGUCACUGGGCAGGAAAGUUUGUCACCUGUGUCUUCAUAGGUCUCCUCUACCCUGUGUUUGCUCUCUGCUACCUCAUCGCUCCCAAGAGUCGCUAUGGCCUCUUCAUCCGCAAGCCCUUCAUCAAGUUCAUCUGCCACACGGCGUCCUACCUGACCUUUCUGUUCCUGCUGCUCCUCGCCUCCCAGCACAUUGUUAUCACGGAGCAGAACAGGCAGGACAGGCAGGGCCCUCCACCGACCGCUGUGGAGUGGAUGAUCCUGCCCUGGGUACUGGGAUUCAUCUGGGCAGAGAUCAAGCAAAUGUGGGAUGGAGGUUUUCAAGACUAUGUUCAUGACUGGUGGAACCUGAUGGACUUUGUCAUGAACUCUCUGUACUUGGCCACUAUCUCCCUGAAGAUUGUAGCCUACACUAAGUACAGCGGAAGUAAACCCAGAAACCAGUGGGAAAUGUGGCACCCGACACUAGUUGCUGAAGCAGUGUUUGCCAUUGCAAACAUUUUCAGUUCCCUGCGCCUCAUUUCACUGUUCACGGCCAACUCUCACCUGGGGCCACUGCAGAUUUCUCUGGGGCGAAUGUUGCUCGACAUCCUGAAGUUCCUCUUCAUCUACUGCCUGGUUCUGCUCGCCUUCGCUAAUGGCCUGAACCAGCUGUACUUUUACUAUGACACUAAGGCUUCAGAUGAGAAAGGAAAGUGUAAGGGCAUCCGAUGUGUGCAUCAGAAUAACGCUUUCUCCACAUUAUUUGAGACCCUGCAGUCUCUUUUCUGGUCUAUCUUUGGUUUGAUCAGCCUGUAUGUGACCAAUGUGGAUGCUGACCACCAGUUCACUGAAUUUGUCGGUGCCAACAUGUUCGGGGCCUACAACAUCAUUUCAUUGGUGGUCCUCCUCAACAUGCUCAUAGCUAUGAUGAACAACUCCUACCAGCACAUUGCUGACCAUGCAGACAUUGAGUGGAAAUUUGCAAGGACAAAACUGUGGAUGAGUUAUUUUGAAGAAGGGGGUACUCUGCCAGCUCCUUUCAACAUCAUCCCCAGCCCCAAAUCAUUCUGGUACCUCAUGUGCUGGAUCAAGAAGCAGGUGUGGAGGACAAGCUCCAAGCGCCCUGACACCAUUGGUACCCUUGGGAGGCGAGCUGCAGAGAACCUGAGGAUAAACCAUCAGUACCAGGAGGUACUGAGGAACCUGGUGAAACGUUAUGUGGCUGCCAUGAUUCGAGAUGCCAAGACAGAGGAAGGCUUGACUGAAGACAACUUCAAGGAGCUGAAACAAGAUAUCUCCAGUUUCCGUUAUGAGGUGAUGGGAAUGAUGAAGACAGGAAAGUCAGCUUUAAAUGUGGCAAAGGCCAGUGGCAGCUCAGUGGAAUCCAGCCUUGCGUACCCUAAUUCCUCACUCAAGGUCUCUGCUUGCCCACAGAGCACCCAGAUGAAAAGCAAAUUUAAUCGAUUCAAAAUCGCUACAUCCAUCCUCAAGCUGGGCAGUUCAACAGCUGCACCCAGGCCACCUGAAGCCUCCAAUGGUCUACCUAAUGGAUUCAUGUCCCUGGUCUCUGAUGAGAGCUCUGGUGAAAUGUCAAGCCAGAGGAGAAGCAACCCCAAAGAUGUAUCUGACUUUGGUUUGUUUCAGAAACACCAAAGGGGCAACAAAGAAGCCUCAUCAAGCGCAGCAGAAAGCUCGAGGGAGAUGUACUCUUUGUCAGAAGAAGCAGGGGAGUGUGGGGACUCAGACUUAGAGGAACAUAUCGCUGGAGAAAAGAGUGAGAGGAAACUCCUGGAAACAAAAAAGAAGGAAGAAGUCGAGGAAAUUAAGGAGGAGUCGAACAGCAAAAAAUGCUUGGACCAGUGUGAAGAAAGAGAAACCGAGGAAAGAGACAAGGAUUUAACCUGUACUGACUCAGUAGCUGAUGAAUGUAUGUCUGGCUCAUACAAAGACGAUGCCUAAGAUGUGAUGUGAUGCGAUCAGAACUACAGGCCCAGUAAUGCUGGAUUGAAGACAGAGAGACUGACAAUCAACGUGAGCCUCGAGUGAGAAUUGUGAACAUGAGUCGAACUUUUCCAGUUAUUACUAAACUUAUGAUCAGCUUUGAUCUUUGGAGACUCAGGGAGGCCUUUGGUUUAACUGUUUUAAACGCUGUUAUAUUAGCAGUGGAAAUGCAGCAACAUUGUUCGAAGCUCCGUGUAAGCAUUACGAGGAAUGACAUUUAAGGAUUACUAUAUUUCGUUUUAUGACCCCAGAGGUGAUUGGACAAUAAUGAUUUCCUGAAAGAAAAAAGCUUUUUCUCCCAGCUGAUAUGUGCAUUUCAGUUCAAAUUGUCCUGUUGGUUACCAUAUAACCGUCUCUCUCUACCUCUUUUUUUCCCCCCUCUACCCAUGAACAUUUAACUCUCCCCACCAGUAUCUUAUUAGAGCAAUAGAUGUGUUCUGUUUUAGACGUGACUUUCUGCCUUACUCUGUCUGUUUCUGCACUUUACACACUUUAAAAUGGCAUACAGUUUUUUCAAAGAUCGCUCAAACUCUGAUCAUUGCAACAGCAAUUCUGUCAAAGUUUUCUAUGCAAGAACUGUGGAUCAUGAUUCUCAUCACACUGAUUAGGCCGACUGUAAAUUCAGCGCUGACAGUUCAUCCCAAGUAUUUUCUGUAAAGUAGGGCGUGGCCAAACGAUCUGAGAUAUACAUUAUGAACACAGCCGAUAAAUUAUUUAAAGCAACGUAUUAUUCAAGUUUUGUCACUCAAGAAUAAACUCAUUAUUUUGAACAGAUCUGCUGUUUUUAACUGUUAGUUUAAGAUGUCAUGUUAGUUCGAAUGAAUGGCAUUAUAGAAACUGAAACAUAAAUCAAGAAUAAAUAUAGAAAUACACUCUUAAUUUCCUGUCUCCUCUUUUGUUCAUUGCAAAUCCCAGACAGGCAUAAACACAGUAACUGAUACUGUCAAAAGUUAACUGUAUAUCUUCAUAGUAGAUCAUGAGGUAAUGCUGAAACAAAUGCAUAUAUAUAAAAAUAAUGAAAUGGUUAAUAGUUGCUAUGCAAACUGAUAUUUUUUUAAUUGGGUCACACAAUACCUUUCUAUUUAAAGGAGUCAGACAAGCAUCACCAAAUGGUCUAUUUUACUCUUGAGGCUCAUAACAGAGCAGCUAGAUUACUCACUAGAGAUGUGGAAUUAUAGUACUCUGUAAAAUCAUUUCUCUAUGCUUUCGAGGAGCCUGACUUUCUGGUAUAUUUUACUGAUUUGGAACAGUGGUUCUCCAGGUUUUCUUGAGGUCUUUUAAAGUUUGUCUUUGUUUCUUUUGUUUAAUGACUGCUUUUUCACUAGUUUUCAGGCCUUGUGCUUGAUUAUUUUCAGAAGAAUGUCUUUUCUUCGUUAAGCCGCUUUACCCUGAGCUUUCAGUGUUCAAUCAAGCUUAAAAAAUGCACCAACCUCAAGGCAUGAAUCAGUGUUGUGUCUACAGAUAACAAACAUUGUAGCUCAGAACCAAUUUUGUGUCGUGUCUUUAGGCUUUGUUACUUUGUUACUAGCAGCCUGGCUUUUUUUUUUUUUAAAUUAAUUAAUUUUUUUUAAACACAUAAUUUUUGUCAUUUUUUGUGGAUUUUCUGUAUUUUUGACAAAUGACAAAGAUAAUAUAGUUUGGCAGCCACGAAGUAGUAUUUUUGUGACUUUCAAAGAGCUAGUAGCCAAAAAAUGGGCAUAUCAUGUAUCUCCUUACUAUCUACAUUCAGAUGAACACUAUCUGAAAAUCAGUUCCUUAAAUGGAUGUGGGCCUUCAGCUCACCAUAUACUGUUUGCAGAGUAGAGGUGGGUUUCAAGUAGUGCUUUGUCAUACCAUCAGUGAUAAUACUAGUAUAAAUUCAUAUAAAACUAUUGUGAUAUGACUGGUAUUAGCAAUACCAUGCCUUUUCUCUGUAAGGGUGAGGACAUUGAUCCAAAUAUCAUUAGUAUCAAUACCAAUGCUGGUAUUUGUAUCGGAUCAGUACUAGCAUGAUAGGAUUGAUAUGUUAUUUCUAUCCUCUAAGUUCAGUAUCUAAUCCACUCUGUUAAAUUGAUUGUGUGUUUUUUUGUAAAUGAAAAAAAUAUACUUCAAACGUACACUA